UCAGGCACCGACACGCUUUUACAGUAGGGCCCCGCCGACAAAAAGCUGAAGCAGGCUCCAAAACAUUUCGGGUUGACCGGCCUUCGCCCUUCGGAUAGUUGGCAAAUCGGCAUGGCAAACUAGUGGCUGGCACUACUCCGUGUUCACACACACACACACACACACACACACACCACACACACACAGAAAGACGCACACAACUCAAGAGGACACAGACUGAUGAGGUGCAUGGCUUCUUGAUGCUGUAGGGAGUGAACUGCUGGUGCUGGGUGAAGCAGCAGAGGCCUCUGCGUUGCAUUGCAUUGGGAGCCUUGUGGACUGUCGUGUGGACUGUCGUGUGGACUGUAAGGAUAUAAGGAUCAUGGCGAUGAUGACACUGGAGGAGUUCACCCGCUCUGUGGAGGCCGGCUCUCUGCCUCGCAUACUGCAGAUCCAGUCUGGGAUAUACGUCCAAGGAUCUGUGUAUGAGAUGUACGGCAGAGAAUGCUGCCUGGCCAACGGUGACCUCAUCAAGGUCAUCGACAUCAGGACCACCAGGUUCAUCGCCGAGGGCAACGGGGGCCUGAAGGUCGACCUUCCCCUCAACUACCCAGUUCGUAAGGACGUCGUGCUGAUCCCGCCCAGCCUGGACGUGGAGGUGCUGGACGUGACGGAGCAGCAGGACUUCCGCUUCUUCCAGCAGCCGCUGUCGCUCAAGGACGUCUUCCUGAAGCCCGAGCACACCUUCCCUGUGGUGGCCGAGGUCAUCGAGCGCCCCUCCUCCUCCUCCUCCUCCUCCUCCUCCUCCGCGCACCACCACGUCCUCCUCCCCGAGGAGCUCUCCUUCCUGUGCCACUCCAAGCGACUGGUGAUCCACCGUGCUCUGAUGGCGCGCCGCGUGCUGGUGUCCGAGACGUGCCGCGGCAGGCCGCAGAGGCGCUUCCUGGUGCCCCCGUCGUACCGGGGCCGCUUCAAGAGGAGGCCGCGCGAGUUCCCCACCGCGUACGACCUGCAGAUGGCGCGCAGCUGCUCGGAGGAGUUACACGUGGUAGCCACCAGGGCGUCCGAGGCACACUACCUACCCAACAACAACAACGCCAGCACCCACGCCGCCACCGUCGCCACAACCGUGCAGGCCGGAGAGCAGUUUAUCAUCAAGAGAAAACCCCCUGCCGCCGCCAGUAUCCAUGGCAACGGGCAUGACAAGACUGGUAAUAACAGCAGUAGUGCCGACGGCAGCAGUUGUGGCAGCGGCCACAGCAGUGGUGGUGGCGGUGGUGGCAAUGGCGCGGCAAGUAAUAGUAAUAGCAGCAUUAGCGAUGGAUGCGCCAUUGAAGAGGACCGUGAGAACGGGCUGGGCAAGAUGGCGGACGUCCUGAUGUGCGUGCGGCUGCAGGGCAAGAGUCAGGAGGCCGUGCAGCUGCCCCUCUACCUGGAGGGACACUUCAUCGAGAUGCUGCACGACAACCGACAGUACACCGUGGCCGACAUCUGCCGCUGCUUCCCGCUGCCGUUCAACGUCAAGGUGUCGGUGCGCGACCUGUCGGCGAAGGAGGACGUGCUGGCGGCGGCGUCGGGGCUGCAGGUGGAGGAGGAGAUCUCGGAGCCGUACCUGCAGGUGUCCGCACUGGACGCGCCGCACCUGAGCUGGGAGGUGCCGGCCAACCGUCUCCUCGGCAACGUGACUGUGCAGCUGCAGGAGAAGUGGCAGCAGGACGAGGGCGUCACCAUGGCAACGGCAGCGUUGGGGGCGUUGGGGACGCGGGUGGACGUCGAUGACUCAAUGAAUGCUGAGACAGCUCUUGCUGCUGCAGCUGGCGGCGUCACGCUGCACGCGGUGGUGGAGGAGAUAGGGGAGGACUGUUACUACACCCUGCGCAGGUACGCAGCGGCUUGCAGCCUACAGCCCCCGCCGCGGCCCCCCAAGACCUUCCGACGGCACAGUGACGCUGCAGCGGCUACAGCGACCGCAGCAACGACAACGCGCUCCCUCCGGGUGAAGCCGCCGCGACCCAACAAGCCCGGCAGCAGAGCCACAUCACCAAAGACUCCGGUUCCAGACCACAGUGGUUCCUCAAAGCCAGACCUGGCGGUGAGAAGUGAGAGCUUUUCCAUGCAGAAGAGGAAAACUAUAGCAGGGACUAGCCAAAGACCCUCUCUACCUCCUUUCACCCUGCCCAGGACCAUCAAAGUUGCCGCGGUGACAAAAGUGGACAUCCCUGAGGACACGGUAAUGGAUGACACUGUGGAUGACGAUGACCCACAUGACUAUGAGUACAUCGAUGAGGAGGAACUCGAAUUCAUUAGGAGAAAGUUCCACGAGGACGCAGUUAUACGUAAGACAGUCAAAGGAAAGCCAAGUACCUUUUGACAGCACAGAGUGCAUUUGGAUAAUCUGGAGGCUGAGAGAAGCAAGAAUGUACCAAAGGGAUCACUUGAUGCAAUAAUUUAUCAUUUUCUUCAUAUACUGUACCUAAUGAACACAUGCGUGUACUGUAUAAAAAUAUAUAUCUGCCUGGUGUGUAAAAACUGUAUUUUACUGUUUUUUAUAUCAUAUUCCUCAGCUAUUUGUGAAAUUUGUGGGGGAAAUUAAAUGUGAAAAUGUACACAUGACCAACGUUUGGUGGAAAGUACAUUUAUUAAUAAAAUCAUGGGAUUUGCCAAUGUGGCAUGUGAUAUCAAAGAUUAAGGAAGAUGGAUAAUCGAGAAUGGACGCUGGAAUGCAUUGGUAUCCUCACAAUAAA